CGCAGCAUCAUCAUCAUCAUGGCGGAUCAAGGCGAAUCUCCGGCUCCUGUCCACCACCCGCAACCAGCACUGACAACCAGCUGGCCAAUUACCAGGGAGUCGUACGAGCUGCAGGAGGUCAUUGGCAGCGGGGCUACAGCUGUGGUGCAGGCUGCCCUCUGUACCCCCAGACAAGAGCGCGUUGCUAUAAAGAGAAUCAACCUGGAAAAAUGCCAAACCAGCAUGGACGAGCUAUUGAAAGAAAUUCAAGCAAUGAGCCAGUGCAGCCAUCCCAACGUUGUCACCUAUUACACCUCCUUUGUUGUGAAGGAUGAGCUGUGGUUAGUCAUGAAGCUUUUGAGUGGAGGCUCCAUGCUGGAUAUAAUUAAGCACACAAACAAAGAAGAGGACAAAAAUCGAGCUCUAGAUGAGCCUAUAAUUGCUACCAUAUUAAAUGAAGUCCUAGAGGGCCUUGACUACCUGCACAGGAACGGACAGAUUCACCGGGAUGUGAAGGCUGGGAACAUACUACUGGGAGAAGAUGGAUCUGUUCAGAUUGCAGAUUUUGGAGUUAGCGCAUUCUUAGCCACAGGGGGAGAUAUGACUAGAAACAAAGUACGAAAGACCUUUGUUGGCACACCAUGCUGGAUGGCACCAGAGGUGAUGGAACAGGUACGAGGCUAUGAUUUCAAAGCAGACAUAUGGAGUUUUGGAAUUACAGCCAUAGAAUUAGCAACAGGGUCUGCACCCUACCACCGCUACCCUCCUAUGAAGGUCUUAAUGCUCACGCUACAAAAUGAUCCACCCACUCUAGAGACAGGCGUAGAAGACAAGGAGAUGCUUAAGAAAUAUGGCAAAUCGUUUAGGAAGCUAAUAACUAUGUGCCUUCAGAAGGAUCCUACCAAAAGGCCUACAGCCGCAGAGCUUUUGAAGUGUAAAUUCUUCCAAAAGGCCAAGAACAGAGAAUAUCUGAUUGAAAAGCUUUUGUGUCGUGCCCCAAAAAUUUCCCAGAGAGCAAAGAAGGUGAGGAGAGUCCCAGGCUCCAGCGGCCACCUGCACAAGACAGAGGAUGGGGACUGGGAGUGGAGCGACGAUGAGUUGGACGAGGGCAGUGAAGAAGGAAAGGCAGCAGUGAAUCAGGGCAGGUCACGAAGGGUCAAAGAUGAGGCCAAAGAUAACGAGGAGAAUGCCAACUAUGUCCCUAUUGAAGGGUUGUCUAUUCAGCAUCCCCAGGUUGAACCAUUUGAGGAUACGCCCUACAUUCAAGGUGCUGUGAACAUGGUACUACGGCUAAGGAACUCUAGAAAGGAGCUGAAUGACAUCCGGUUUGAAUUCACUCCUGGGCGAGACACUGCUGAUGGCGUUUCCCAGGAAUUGUUCUCAGCCGGUCUGGUCAAUGGACACGAUGUAGUUAUAGUUGCUGCUAACCUUCAGAAGAUUGUAGAUGACCCAACUACCUACAAAGUAUUGACAUUUAAGUUGGCCUCCAGCUGUGAUGACACGGAGAUCCCGGACGAGGUGAAGCUGAUUGGCUUCGCGCAGCUGAGUGUUAGCUGAUGAUCUCUUCAUGCCUGAAGCAGGUGAGACAGUUCAGGGCAGACAGACUGAGGAACACACCACCACUUCCUGCAAC